AUGUCCACGAGAGGGCGCUGCUUUCUCUGCGCUGUGAGUCAAAAACAGGUUGUCCCUUCUCGCUCUCCGACACACCGCGGGGACAGACGGGACUUAAAGAUGUGCUCUCUGGCCUUGUUCCCUCCUCCGCUGCCUUCAGGAAACACCACUCUGUGCGAGUCCAACAACGAGCUGGUGUCCGGACACAACAGCGAUGAAGCGGCACAGGACAACACAUUCUUUAACCUUCAUUUCCCGAGGGACUCCCUGAAGCUCCACAGUCGGACUGAGAUCAGCAGUAAAGCAGCUUUCCUGGACCACUCGGAGACGCUGUGGAUGAGGAGCGCUUCGGCCUGGAGAGAUGGGGGAAUCACAGGAUUACUAAAUGAAGUCACCAACUCGGACUCAGAAGUGCCUAAAUGGCUGUCUUUGAGCUCAGGAUGUAUUCUCGCGCUGCUCAGACGGAUCUCCUCUUUCCGUGGAUCCCUAUUUCCUCAUGUUACUCUGAGUAGUGAAGACAUGAUUGAGGAAUUUUCCCAAGUUUUGAAUUGGUCCGAAGGCGUGGUGAGAGCGUUUGUCUGGCAUCCUCACACCGACAAAUUUGCUGUUGCACUUCUAGACGACUCUAUCAAGAUUUACAACCCCAAAAGUGCCACCACGCCCAUCCUGAAACACAGGCUGCAGAAGAGCGUGGCCGCGGUGCAGUGGAAGCCUCUGUGUGCGUCGGCUCUGGCGGUGGCGUGUCACAGCUGCAUCCUGGUGUGGCACGUGGACCCCUGCUCUUUAUCCACCAGACCCUCCUCUGGCUGUGCCCAGGUUCUAUCCCACCCGGGUCACUCCCCCGUCACCUCCAUCGCCUGGUCUCCGAGCGGAUCCCUUCUGGUCUCGGCUUCACCUAUGGACACGGCCAUGUUGGUGUGGGACGUGGCUGCAGAAAGCUGUGUUCCUCUGCACCGAGUGGGAGGAGGAGGCGUCACCUUCCUCUCCUGGUCUCCUGAUGGCAGCCAUGUUUUAGCCUCCACCCCUGCUGCGCUCUUCAGGGUGUGGGAGACCAGAAUGUGGACCUGCGAGCGCUGGCCUUGUAUUAAAGGACGUUGCCAGUCGGGAUGUUGGAGCCCAGAUGGAAGUCGUCUUCUUUUCACUGUUCAAGGGGAAAGCGUCAUCUAUGCCUUGACUUUUACUGCUCCAGGUUGUUCAAAUUCCGUCAGCGGACCAAUCGCGGCGACCGUCGUGGCUGAUCUUUCGGAGACAACUUUCAACACACAAGACGGAGACCUGAUUGUUGGUGGUGAAAUCCAGUGUUUAGCCUGGGACCCAAAAGGAGAGAGACUGGCAGUGCUUCUUACAGGAGACCCAGAGGCGGCCGAUCGUCCUGCCAUGAUCGCAGUGUUUAAGACCAGAACCAGUCCCGUCUUUGAGCUUUUACCGUGUGGGUUUGUUCAGGGGGAGCCCGCAGCGGAACCAAGACUCAUACAAUUUCACCCAAAUUUCCAACACGGAGCCCUCCUCACUGUGUGCUGGUCGAGCGGAAAAGUCACCCACGUUCCUUUCUAUUUCCUGAGUGCAGGCGUUCCUCAUUUUGGUCUCAAUGGAAGCCCGUCUCUGCCACGCCCCCAGGAACGACCAGCGGACUUUGCCAACCAGACGCUGUUCACAGAAAUGCUCUCCUGA